CUUUUAGAAAAUCGUACUGAAAUUAUUUCAAAUAGUAACAUGUUUGGUUUACUUCAAAAUGAAGAGUUUUUUUCAAAGUGUCAUCAAAUAGCAUCUAUCCUUAAACUAGUAAAAGAAUUAACAAAUAUUAUUGAAGUCUGCAAUGCAAAUUUAGCAGAAUGCUUUAUUAGUUUAAUAAGACUUGCAACUAAUAUUAAUAGAAUAGAAUUAGGAAAUCAGUAG